AUGGAGAAACGUGACUUGGGGUGUGACUUGCUUGUUUCAACUCCUUCCUCGGGUCAGGUAGCUACCAGUUCAGUCUGCGUUGGGUGUUUAAGGGAAGUGGCAGGUCGCAGAUUCAAGGUGAACUUGGUGUGCUUGCCUUUGGAGGGACUGAAUGUGAUAUUGAGGAUGGACUGGCUGUCUAACAAUCACAUCAUAAUUGAUUAUGGACGGCGUAGUUUGGUGUUCCCAGAACAUGAAGGAUUGGAGUUGAUCUCAACUCGAGAAGCUGUGAAAGCGUUGCAAGAAUGGGCCAUGUGUUUUAUGGUGAUGGCUAAACCAAAAAAGAAAGGUGCAAUAAAGUUGAUUCAUAAUAUUCUUGUUGCCAAUGAGUAUGCAAAUGUAUUUCUGGACGAAGUACUAGGAUUGCCGCCGAGUCGGGACAUUGACUUCACCAUUGACUUAAUUUGCUGGUGCGGGUCCCGUGUCCAUGACUCCAUACAGAAUGGCACUUGCAGAAUUGGCAGGACUAAAGAAGCAAAUUGA